AUGGAACUCUGCACGCUAAAGGAGCUCGAGAUUGUGGAGAAGAUGGAAAAUCUGAGGAACAAUCCAACUCAAAUUUUGAAGAACAUCGAGGCUCUGAAGAAGAUUGGAGCGCAGUUACCUGUUCCAGGUGAUUCAGGUUACCAUUCUCUGGAUGAGUCGACGUUCGUCAACAAUGAAAGAGGCCGUCCUCUGGACCCAAAACUCGCUAAUUCGCAAACUAUGAGUAUCGACAAAUCGCCAGAUCCAUACAUGGACGGACCACCAGCUGUACAACCUCCACAACGACAACGUGGCUUGUCGUCCGAUGAGUCUACUGCCGGAAAGUCUCCUAAUAACUCGGAAGGGGAGUCCGAUCGCACAGACGAAUCGCAGGAUCCAUACAAGGAUGGACCACCAGCUGUACAACCUCUCCAUCGACAACGUGGCAUAUCACCCGUUAGACCUACCGCCGGAAAAUCUAUCAAGAAGGCGGAAGGGGAACCUGAUCGAAAAAGAAAACGCGUUAUCACUUGA